AUGAAUGGAGUCGUCGUCUCCUUCUCCUUGUUGACUGAUAUGUUUGAUGAUACCUCUUCAACUCGAAGUACUAUGACGGCGAAGCGAAUAUCGGUGCAUGAACCGAUGAGUUUUACGCAAACAAACACGCAGUGGCGAAAUUUAAGGGCAGAUAAAUGUAAUUCUCUUCCAAAUUUACCCUUAUACAGACAUUGUGGAAUAAACGGCAAUACGAUGCGCAUGGCCUAUUUUUGCAUAACUUCAAGGGGCAAAGAAACGAAUAAAUGA